CGUGCCAAAAGUCGUGGUAUCACAUAACUUUUUCUGUGGACACCACUCCAAGGUCUGCUCAACAAUCCGCAACUAGCCACGACCACACGAUGCAUUGAGCGAAUCACGACUGCGUGGGAGCAGCAAAUCCACCAAUCCGGCCAUGGCCAACACCGCCCCCGAGACUAUCGAAGAGCCCUUCCCAAUCUUCAAAGUCGCCCACCACUACCUCAUCUACGACGUCAACAUCGUCUCGCAUAUCCGGAGAGAGUACAACAUCUGCGGUGUGUUGAGCGGGACCCUACCCCAGUCUCCUCAACAGAAUGUCUUCCAAGGUCUACCGCUGCAGCUGAUGCCUGAAGAAGCGCGGGUACUGAUUGAGAAGGGAGUCGCAUAUCUGGAAGACGAUCACGCCGCGCAUAAACGCACAUUUCUGGGCAAUGGAAUGAGUGCCGAAGAGAAGCGAGCGUAUCAAGCUGCGUUGAGACGGCAGGGUGCCGCUGCUGCCAAAGAGGCGGGCAGGAAGAAGGCCGCGGAUAAAAUGGCCGCGUUGAGUAGAAAGUCGGACACCAACAAGACAGAGAACUGGAAUGACAUUCCCGAGGAUAUGUUGAAGCCUGCCUCUGGACGGCGGAAAAACGGCAAAGGCAAGAAGGGUGACCAGACACCAUCGGACCGCCCUUCAGACACAGAGGAAGCUCUGUUCGAUUCCUCCACUCCCGACACCACCACAAAUGGCCACGACUCCGUCCCUGCGGACAUCACCACAGACCCCGACCCCUUACUCGUGACCCCCACAGUUUCAGUCCCGCCCCUCCACUCCACUCCGCCACCUCGGAACACGUCCACACCACAACGCUCUCCCGUCCCCACCCCGGCCUCAUAUCCCCUCUUCGCCCACCUGCAUUCCAAAGGCUACUACCUCUCCCCCGGCCUUCGCUUCGGCUGCCAAUACGUAGCUUACCCGGGUGACCCGCUGCGCUUCCACUCCCAUUUCCUCUGCAAUGGCAUGGAGUGGGAUGAGGAGUUUGAUCUUCUCGAUGUUGUGAGCGCGGGGAGGUUGGGCACGGGGGUCAAGAAGGGGUUCUUGCUUGGAGGUGAGAUGGACGGUGCGAAGGGUGAGGAUGGAGAGGACAAUGUGAGGACGUUUUGUGUGGAAUGGGCUGGGAUGUGAGCGUUUUCGAACGAGGGUAGUCCUCGAACUUGUGUACAUGUAGCUUGAA